AAACGCAACACGUAAAACUAAACAGAUGCCACUAUCUCUCCGAGACUGAGGACGUCAGCGGGAGCAGCUACCGAGACUCCAAGACGGAGAGACCGAAGAGAAAAGGGAACAAGCGACGAUUAAACCUAGACGGCCCUAGUUAGUUAGCUCCAAGAUAAUUCCAGUUGCCUCUGUUAACCGGAAAAAACAACGUUUCUCUGGCACAAAAAGGUCAGCCCACGAGGUGGCAGAUAUCGCUAUGGCCCAGGAGACCAAUCAAAGCCCAGUUCCUAUGCUCUGUGCCACUGGCUGUGGUUUUUAUGGCAACCCUAGGACUAACGGUAUGUGCUCCGUGUGCCACAAGGAGCACCUGUCACGACAGAACAAUGGAGGAGUCGGUUCUUUGAGUGGAGUGGGCGGCAGCAGUAGCUCCACAGCUGAGGCUUCAGCCAUCCAGAGGUUAGAGGCCACCCUGAAUAAUGCUGCAGCUGCUGCAGUUGCUGCUGCAGAGGUGGCAGCUGAGGCCGCUGCUGCCUCCGCUGACGUUGCUGCCAACGCAGAGGCACUCAGUGGGAUUUCACCUGCCGUCUCUGUGACACAACAGAUGACUGAGAUGAGUCUGUCCUCUGAGGAGAAAGGAGCGUCGGGGAGCAAAGUGGAGCUCACAGAGCCAGUGGUGAGUCAGCCAGCCGUCUCAGCCUCCCAUCCCUCCACUGCUGGCAGUGAAGAGUCCAAAACCCCUGAACCCCCAAAACCCAAGAAAAACCGUUGCUUCAUGUGCCGUAAAAAGGUUGGCCUUACAGGGUUCGACUGUCGCUGUGGGAAUCUCUUCUGCGGACUUCAUCGUUACUCCGAUAAGCACAACUGUCCGUACGACUACAAAGCCGAAGCUGCCGCCAAGAUCCGCAAGGAGAACCCCGUCGUCGUCGCAGAAAAAAUCCAGAGAAUAUGAAAAACUGAGUCUGACUUUGAACCCCGGGAGCGAUCGGCUUUCAUACGGUGGACUCGCUCGACUUUUCCUCCUGGAGGACUCGUUUUCUUUGUUACACUUUCAGGGUGUAUUUUGGGGGCCCCUGUGCAUGGAUGUUCAUGUUUUCAGCUUCUUGUUUGUGUGUGAGUUUAACACUUUGGCGGGGUCAUCUUGAACUAAUAAAUGUUGGGAUUAAAGUGUGGCGGCUUUGUGUCACAGGAGCCAACUGAUUGAGAAAAAUGUGAUUCUCCUUUUUUUUGGGGGGGGGGGGGCUUCCUUGCCUUUUUUUUUUUUUUUUUUUUUUUUUUGUGAUCCUCCUGAAAUUGUUUGAACUUUGCUUGGAAGGGGCUCGGACGGCCUGUUUUGGACUCGGGGACUUCUCAGCUGUGCUUGCUCUCUGCUGGCUUGAGUAGCAAAAUGGAUUUCUCGCUUUUCCGUUUGCAGCCAUCGCUCUGUGAAGUCAGUGUUGAACCCUCCCGACAUGCCAGUUUGGCAAGUUUUUUCUUUUUUUUUUAAUCUCCUCAUUAGGAGACUUUGUUUCUCUCUGGCUCGUAUUCCUUCCCUUAAACGUGAGGAAGAUGGACCGUUUUCUCUCCCGUUGAUUUUUGGACAGAUGACUGCUUCAAACCGUCCACGAACGUGUCACAGAUUUGUUCAUUUUGUCUCUGGAUGUUUGGUUAGUAUACUGUGUGCUAAAGCAUUUGGGAGGGUUUAGCUCCACUAAUGUCUUUUACUUUGCUAUUGAAUGUUUUCAGGUUUUUAAUGUGAGUUGAAUUGACAGUGUUGGGAGUGCUGAAAGAGGUGGUGACUUAGUGAAGUUAGAUAUCAGUUUACCAUUUAUCGGUUGAUUUUUGGUCCGGCUGCUUAAUCAUUUUGGUUUUUACCCCUUUUAGUUAUGCAAGUUUGUACAAACCUCUUUAUUUAUACACUGCUGUGUGCUUAAUCUUCUAAUAACACAGAAUAAAUUGUAUGAUUGUAAAUAAAUUAUGUUCACCACUAAA